AUGUCAAUGGUUGAAUGCUCUGAUUAUGAAUACAAAGAAAACUUAUUGAUUGCCUCUCCCUUAGCCUUUAUUCAAGGCAAGCCUAGUGAUUUUAAUGGACACUAAGGAAUUAAUAAUCUUCAUAAUAUGAAUCCUUUAUAAGAUUCUCAAAAUAGUUUGAGGCUGCAUGGAUUACAUUCUUCUGAAAAUAACAAAGAUUCAGAAUUGAGAAAAAGUAAUAAGAGUCAUAAAAGAAACAUUUCUAAAACAAGCAGCGACCACAGUGUGAUCACACCUAAUUAGAAAAAUUUUAACAUGCCUGGGUCUACUUUGAGCAAAAACAAUACCAAGAAGCCAUUAUAUUCCUUAAUACCAGGCUCAAUAAACAAGAAUUUAAAUAUUAAAAACCCUUUUCAUACAAGCGAGAACAAGUAAACUACUUAAAAUUCUCUCAGGGACUACUAAAGCUAACCCUAGCAGAAAGCUCUCAAAUCUGAUAAUAAUGAUUCCGAAUUCAUUAUGUCUGGGUAAGUUACUCUCUCUAACGCAAAAAAUAGGAAUAUUGCAUCUUAUUCAAAUCUUACACCGCAAAAGAAUCUGCCCACACCUAUUUCUCCAACCACGAGACCAGAUUAAUUAAAUGGGUACAAUAAAUAAUCGAGUUUCCCAAACAAAGCUUAUGUGUUUAAUUACUAGAACAGUGAGGCAAGAGGGGCUUAAGCUAAUCAUCCAACUUCUUUGAAGAAUCAUUGCAAUAACUCAGGAUAAAAAGCCACAGUUGUUUAUGAUGAAUUUAAGUACUAUACGUCAAAUGUCUAAAUGUAAAAUUCAAAUAACCCCAAAAAAUAUAUUGAUAUAAGUGGUUGUGGAAUAGGCCUACAGAGAAGAAGUGACAAUAGUGGUUCUCAUAUUUCAAACUAAAAUAACUUGUAAUUUGAUUUGAGUCCCACUGAACAUAAAAUAUUUGAUCUCUAAUCUCCAAAAAUGUCUGUUAAUAGUCAGGCAAAUGGAAUACAUAUUAAAACCAAUCUAGGAAAGCCAUAAGCAUUUUACACAGAUAGAGGGCAUAAUAUAAACAAUGGUGUUUAAAACUACUGUCUUUAAUUGAAAUGUGAACCUUCGGAAGACAUUCAAAAUAUAACUGACUCAAAUGCUGGACCUUAACCAGAGGCUGAGAAAAAGAUUAAAGAGCUAUAAGAAUAUAUUGAACACCUUGAAAAUGAUUUAAAAAUGACCUAGAGUAAGAAUCAUGAGCUAAAGAAGAAAUUCAAAGAUAGAAGCUUCAUUCAGAGUUUCGAUAAAACUAAAAAGCAUUUAUCAGAUACAGAGGAUAGUUUAAUACUUUCUGAAAAGAAAGGGAAGAAGCGAAGUUCGUUGACAAAGUAAGGUCCAAACACUAGUAUGUAGCAAAUAGUCUCAAAUUAAAAUACUUUUUCAAACAAUAAUCAUCAAAGUACUAGUUCAAUAGUAGACGUCAAGAUUAGACCUAUUCAUAAUAUGAAAUAAGGUUUGCAAUAUAAUUACUCACCUUAGAAGAAAAUGAGGAGUUCAAGUUCUAAUUCAAAGUAUCAAGACAAUUCUAACAAAAAACUUGAUAACUCUUAGGAUGAUGAUAUGGAGGAAGGUCUUGAGUAUCAAGUUAACAAUUAUAAUGAUUUUUCAGGAAGCUAAAUCAAUUCUUCAUAGCUUGAUGAAAACAGAAAUGGGCAUAAUGACUCUCCGACUUAGAAUCAUUAGCAUCUUUCAGAAGAUGAAUGUGAAGGUUGUGAAAGAUUGAAGUAAUUAGUGUUCUAAGCAAAGGAAGCCAUAGAUGACUUGAAACUUGAAAUAGAAGAAUGGAGAGAUAUUUGCUCCGAAAAAGAGACAGAAUUAAGGUAACUCCAGCAUAAAAUCUACAAUGAUAUAAUGGGAUAAGAAAAAAGAAUAGAGUUUAAUGAUGAGGUGCAAACAAGAGAGUUUGAUGGUCAUAAACCAGUAAAUUAAGACUCAAGAAAAGUUCGUAACUUUAUUCAGCAUAACAAGAAAAGAAUAAGGUCAAGAAGUAAAAAUCAAAAAAUAGAAAGCACCUGUUCAACUUAAAAGGUUAGUAUCGCUUAAUCUAUAAAGAAAAAAUCAGUACUGAAAAAUGUCAAGGAUCUUGUAAGUGAUCAAUUUGAGUUCUAUGAAGCAGAAGAUAUUGGUAUUCAAACUUCGUUCGAUUUAAAAAUAUCUUGCCAUAAUACUGAUAAUAAUCUUACUAAUACUUCUAUUGAUUGCGAUUCAAAUAAAAAUCAAAAUGUCCAAAAAGACAAAUCAGUUGAAUCUAGAUAAAAUUAGAGAGUAUCUCCCAAUAAUGAAAUGAACAAAGAUAUAAAUCUAAUGAAAAUUUCAGAGGAAACAUAUCAAAGUAAUGAGGAAGUGUACACUUUAAGGACCAAAACUUAGAUUCAAGAAGAGGAAAUCAAAAAAUUAAGAUAGCAAGUUCAAUUACUGAGUGGCCAAUGUGAAAAAUUUUUAGGUUUAGCAACGAAAGCCAAAAAAAAGCAAAAUAAAAAGAGUCAGCAAUAUGAUCUUGAAAAUAUAAAACAGAACUAUGAUAUAAUAAGUACUAUUGAGAGCUAUUCGAUUUUAGAAAAAAUCAAUGAAUGGAAGAGAGAAGAAGGACUAAUUGACUAAAAUUAAUAUAGCGAACCUCAAUAAACUUAGAUCCCUCGACCUUUAAAGCUUAUCCAAGAUAUAGACAUGAAUGAAAUAAUAAUUUAUGAAUCAUCGAAAAGACCUGAAUCUGCUAUAAAUUAAAACCCUCUUACAGGGGCAUAGUAGAUAGCAAAUACAAAUGCAAACAUGGCUUAAGAAUUCCUUCAACUGAUCAAACAAGAAUAAGAAAACAUCAAGAAACAAUAGGAGCAGAAGCUUCGUGAAUUGUAAAUGUAACACCAUCAACAUAUGUGA